GUCCAUUUUCCCGUUUGACUCCGCCCCCUCUCUAGAACUCGCGACUCAACACCCUGGCGUCUCUUGGGAGAUUUAAAUGUAUUUUUUUUUUACUUUUACAAAAAAAAUAGAUUUUAAUUUUGGAGACUCGACUGUAUCACUAUUUGUCAUGUAGGAGCGGGUUUGAUCAAGGUGUUGUUCAUUUAAAGAUGGUGUUAGUGAAAAGAGUGGUGUGAAAGAAUGGAUGUCUUGAGAGGGAAAUGGAAGGAAAAAUGCAUUCUGAACGUUUGCACUCUGCUCCUAUUGUGCUGGUCAGUAGACCUCUCCCUUUCACCACCACCACCUCUUGAUAGGACCCAGGAGUUGCAAUGCCUUGAGGGAAGUCAUUACCGCAAUGCUAACGGGACAUGCUGUCGAAAGUGCCAUGAAGGGUUUAAGUUGAAGAAGGACUGCACUAAAGAGGGUGAGAGCCAAUGUGAACCCUGUAAAGAGGGCAAGACAUACCUAGAGAGGAGUAACUACGCCAAGAACUGCCUCCGCUGUACACGCUGUGAUGACAAUGAGGAAGAGGUGUCGCCAUGCAAGAAGAGUAGGAACACAGUGUGUCGCUGCAUUGAAGGCUUCUACAAAAAGAGAAUAGACUCGGUAACACGGGAGUGUCUCCGUUGCAAGACAUGUGGACCUGGAGAGAGAGAAACACAACCAUGUACUCCAGAGAGAGAUACAGUGUGUGAAUGUAUGGACUUCCGAAACCAGAAAAACAACAGGAACUGUCUUCCAUGCCAAAAUUGUAGAUCAGCUGACUGUCAGCAGGAGUGUGCUUCAGGCACAGAUCCCACUCCCAAACCUGAAGACACUGGAUGGGGUGUUUGGUCUCCCUACCUGUUGGCUGCGUUCGGCUGUGUUUGUGUGGUGCUGCUGGUGGUGAUGGGGAUCAUGGGCGUACUAGUGGUCCGACGGAAACCGAAGGGGUCAAACUCCUUUCUCUCUGCUGAGAUCACCUCUCAGGGCUCCGAGAAGUCUACUCGGAGGCUGAUCCAAGAGGACCCAGAGAACGUUCUCAACCAGAGUAUCCCUUCAUAUAGCCCAGUGUGUGAGAGUGAACAGGAGCCCCUCCGGAAGCUACCGGCCUGUGUCCCCAAGGAGAUCAAGAUCUCUGAGUUGAUCUACUCGGUGUUGGACCAAGUCCCUCUGCGUCGUGUGAAGGAGCUGGUGCGUUCGCUGGGUGUGAGUGACAUAGUGAUAGAGAGGGCUGAGAAUGACCACCUCCGUGACACUAAGGAAGCCCAGUACCAGAUGCUGAGGGUCUGGGCUAAGGGAAAUGCGCAGGGAGGGGGAGGGGUGCUAGCACGCCCUCUACUGUACCACCUGCUGGAUAAGCUGAGAGACAUGGACCUGGGAGGGACUGCAGAGGAGCUGGAGACCAAGUAUGGAGAUCAGUAGAGGGAGAGAGAUGCAGACUGUAUAGACCAAGUAGGGGACCCAGGUUUCUCUUCUCUAUGUCGAAUCAAAAGAGAAACCGAGAGGGACCAAGACUAUUCAUCAUAUGUAUAGGAUAAUUAGGGGAGGGAGAGAGAGAUAGGGGAGGUGCUAAUGGGGAGAGAGAGAAAGUCAGACACAUCCCCUUGUCCACGACUUCACUUGUGUAGACCUGAGAGAAUAGGAUUGGUACAGUGUAAGCAAUAUGGUAGUUGUUCCACCUGGUCCAGAUCUGAUAGACUAAGAUGGAAGUGUUGCCAUGCUUUCACAAUAUUUCCUAAUGUAUUUGGCAGUGAGCCUGAUUAUUGAUUGCCAGCUGUAACUUAUACUUAUUCUCAUGUUUUUUUUUGUUGCACAUUCAAACCAAUGAGUGAGGAAUUGCAUGUUACAAAGCAGUUUUAGACAGUGCUGUUUGUAAAACAGGCAAACUUGUAAUGUGUCACACACAGGUAUGAGAACCACACUAAGAAUUUAGUUAAAUGUUGUGUUUAGGGUAAUACAGAUUUAACACCCAUCUAUAGUAUUACAGGUGUAUAUUACUGAGUAUUAGGUGGCGACAGGUAGCCAGUAACUGAAAGGUUGCUGUUUCGAACCCCUGAGCUGAUAACGUGAUAAAAAUCUGUCUGUGCCCUUGAACAAGACACUUAACCAUAAUUUCUCCUGUUAAUCACUCUGGAUAAGGAUGGCUAAAAUCUAAAUGUGAAAUGUAUUAUUUACUAGUGUUGCAGUAGUACUCAAGCUAAUAUUUAGAUAGGGAAGCUAAAAGCUAUACAGAUUCCUUCUGUCUCUAUCUUGCAUUAAUCAACCACAAACAUAUCAAAAAGAUAUUAGCAUUAUAUGUCAUAUUUGAAGUCUUUGUAUUGGUUUGUAUAUGGUUAUUAAUACUGCAUAGGAGGAUGUUGUAUAUUUGAAUGGUUCUUUGAUAAGUUGCUGCUUGGGCGUGAAGAUCAAACUACUGUAGUUUUGCUGUCUUUUACUACUGUCUUGAUGUACAUAUUCUUGUUUUACAAAAUAGGCUAGGUAUGUAUCAAUCUGUCAUAUUUCUUCUCACUGUACCAUAUUCACUAUACCAUUCAAUCACACCCAUCCAGGUUGUCUCUGUGCCAUGGUCUGGUUACCACAAGUGAUUGAUUCUUAUAUCUGUACAGUAAUAGUUGUGUCAGUACUGUUAGGGCACAGACGGGUCUUCUGCAGGUGUUAUCCCUGAGUUAUUGACAUUCCUUAAAGCCCCAUCAUCAUGCUCCCAUUAUUCAGGAUCACUUAGUCAGAGGACACACCUGUCACUCUGCAGGGCUGACUGUUCUCUGGGAGACUUAACAUGGAAACUAGGGAUGGAUAGAGUGGCAAAAAAAGUAUGUGAACCCUUUGGAAUUACCUGGACUUCUGCAUAAAUUGGUCGUAAAAUUUGAUCUGAUCUUCAUCUAAGUUCAACAAUAGACAAACACAGUCUGCUUAAACUAAUAACACACUAACAAUUACACGUUUUCAUGUCUUUAUUGAACACACUGUAAAAAUUCACAGUGCAGGGUGGGAAAAGUAUCUGAACCCUUGGAUUUAAUAACUGGUUGACCCUACUUUGGCAGCAAUAACCUCAACCAAACGUUUUCUGUAGUUGCGGAUCAGAUCUGCACAACGGUCAGGAGGAAUUUUGGACCAUUCCUAUUUAUAAAACUGUUUCAGUUCAGCAAUAUUCUUGGGAUGUCUGGUGUGAACCACUCUCUUGAGGUCAUGCCACAGCAUCUCAGUCGGGUUGAGGUCAGGACUCUGACUGGGCCACUCCAGAAGGUGUAUUUUCUUCCGUGGAAGCCAUUCUGUUGUUGAUUUACUUCUUUGUUUUGAGUUGUUGUCCUGUUGCAUCACCUAACUUUUGUUGAGCUUCAAUUGGCAGAUAGCCUUACAUUCUCCUGCAAAAUGUCUUGAUAAACUUGGGAAUUAAUUGUUCCGUCAAUGAUAGCAAACUCUCCAGGCCCUGAGGCUGCAUAGCAGCUCCACACCAUGAUGCUCCCUCCACCAUACUUUACACUGGGGAUGAGGUUUUGAUGUUGGUGUCCUGUGCCUUAUUUCUCCACACAUAAUGUUGUGUGAUCCUUCCAAACAACUCAACUUUAGUUUAAUCUAUCCACAGAAUAUUUUGCCAGUAGCGCUGUGGAACAUCCAGAUGCUCUUUUGCUAACGUCAGACUUGCAGCAAUGUUUUUUUAUGGACUGCAGUGGCUUUUUCUGUGAUGUCCUCCCAUGAACACCAUUCUUGUUUAGUGUUUUACGUAUCGUAGACUCAUCAACAGAGAUGUAAGCAUGUUCCAGAGAUUUCUGUAAGUCUUUAGCUGACACUCUAGGAUUCUUCUUAACCUCAUUGAGCAUUCUGUGCUGUGCUUUUGCAGUCAUCUUUGCAGGACGGCCACUCUUAGGGAGAGUAGAAACAGUGCUGAACUUUCUCCAUUUAUAGACAAUUUUGUCUUACCGCGGACUGAUGAACAUCAAGGCUUUUAGAGAUACUUUUGUAACCCUUUCCAGCUUUAUGCAAGUCAACAAUUCUUAAUCUUGGGUCUUCUGAGAUCUCUUUUGUUUGAGGCAUGGUUCACAUCAGGCAAUGCUUCUUGUGAAUAGCAAACUCAAUUUUUGUGAGUGUUUUUUUAUAGGGCAGGGCAGCUCUAACCACAUCUCUAAUCUCGUCUCAUUGAUUGGACUCCAGGUUAGCUAACUCCUGACUCGAAUGAGCUUUUGGGGAAGUCAUUAGCCUAAGGGUUCACAUACUUUUCCAACCUACACUGUGAAUGUUUAAAUGAUGUAUUCAAUACAGACAAGAAAAAUACAAUAAUUUGUGUGUUAUUAGUUUAAGCAGACUGUGUUUGUCUGUUGUUGUGACUUAGAUGAAGAUCAGAUCUAAUUGUACGACCAAUUUAUGCAGAAAUCCAGAUUAUUCCAAAGGGUUCACAUAUUUUUUUCUUGCCACUGUAGAUAGAUGGCACUCAAGUUUCUAGUUUUUAAUGUCAGGUGCACAAGUACAGUGAAAUGCCAUGUAUUGGAUUGUAUGAUAUUAGACAGCACUUUUUAACAUUGAAUUGUUACAGGUGAUUUUACUAAAGACAAUCUAUUUUUAUUCUCAAAUCACAUACAGUAUAUGCAGGCAUUGCUUUGUUUGAUUAAGGUAUGAACAAAGUUGAUCAGUUGUCUAUAUUUUUAAAUAAAGAAUCUCUUGUAAAAUGA